AUGGUGAGAGCUUCAAAGAAAGCUUCGGCGGAGCAAAGUCAGAACCCGGAGGCUUUAGAGCGGAAGCGAUUGAAGAAGCUCGCAUUCUCCAACAACCAGCUGGCGGCGACUCCGGCCAACAACUAUGCGCCGCUCGCCCCCGCCAAGACUGUGGCGAAACACCACGGCAAGGACAUUCUGCGCAAGUCGCAGAGGAAGAACCGCUUUCUCUUCUCGUUUCCUGGUCUGAUGGCUCCAAUUACUGGGGGCAAAGUUGGCGAGCUCAAAGAUUUGGGGACUAAAAACCCUAUUCUCUACCUUGAUUUCCCUCAGGGUCGGAUGAAGUUGUUUGGAACCAUCAUCUACCCGAAGAACAGAUACUUAACUUUACAGUUCUCAAGGGGUGGGAAGAAUGUGAUGUGCGAGGACUACUUUGAUAACAUGAUUGUGUUUGCUGAUUCUUGGUGGAUUGGAACAAAAGAAGAGAACGCUGAAGAAUCCCGGCUUGAUUUUCCCAAGGAACUGAUUCAGCUGCAGAAAGUUGAAUAUGACUUUCAAGGUGGAGCUGGUGCCGAGCCAAUGAAUAAGAAGAUUGUUAAUACAAAUGAAGCAAAGCAUGCAGAAGAAGAUUCUUCAGAAUCUGAUAUUGAAAUGGAUGGUUCUGGUGCUAUGGAUUUGAAGGAAGUUACACCUAUACGGCAUUCUGAGAGAACUGCCCAAAAGAAAAUCAGGUACAUUGAGUUUUCUUCUGGCGGUGGUUCUGCAGAAGAUGACACUGGCCUAUCUAAGGAUGAAGAAGAAGAGGAAGAAGAGGAGGAAGAAGAAAGAAAAGAAUCUGAAGAAGUUGGAAUUUCUUCUCCAGUUCGACCAUCUGAAAAAUCAGAGUUGAAACCCAAUAAAUUAUCCAAGCCCACUGUUCCUGCAGCAAAGUCCAAUGAAGCCUCAUGCACUAAUCCUGGCUCACUAGUUCAAGUUACCCUAUCUACAUUAUUCAGCAAAAUGCAGGGGAAAAAAAGUGUGGAUGAGAAGGAUACUCCAAAGGAUUCACGGAAAUCAUCAUCUUCAAAAGAGCAUAGAACUUCAAAAAGAAAGGCUGAUCUGGCUGAUGGAUCGAAGAAAAAGGGAAAAGUGACUCAAGUAGAAAAAUCAGGUUCAGGAUUGAAGGCGAAGAAAACAGUACAUGAGACUGAAGAAGACGAUAUUGAAGAAUUCUCGAGCUCCUCACAGGAUGAGGGAGGAAGUGACGAAGAUUGGGAAGGCUGA